AUGGUCAGCGCGCUGCCAGUCUACUUGGGUGAAGCGGCCCUGUCUCGAUCCCAGGGCGCUGGGGAGCUGUCGGACUCGGCUUCUGGCAGCAUGUGGACAAUGUUGUUCAAGCAUCAGAAGCGGCAUCAGCACCAGUCGGUGAAAGGCGGUGCAUGUGUACACUUGAUACAAAUAGACGAUACAUGCAUGCCUUUUAGAGUUGGCAUGGAGCACAUAGCAAGGCGGUACAGUACGGAGGCAAAGCUGAGCAAAACUCUUCCACCCAGGCUUCCGUGGGGCGGUGGUGGCCCAAGGAUUCGGUGCGAGGUAUUGACAUGGAGACCCAGCGUCCCCUUUUUUCGCCAGAGAUGCCGAUUGAUCCAUCAGAAGCCAGGCAAAUCAUGA